AUGCCGAAGCUCGCUAUUCCACUCUCUUCAACCACCACUUCUACUCCCUCCUGCGUCAUCCACAUCCGCCACCUCCUUCCCCGGUCAAGGACCCGAGCCGCAUCCUCACAAGCUCGACCCCUCGCCCACGCGCAAACCCGUCAUGAUCUCCCUGUGUACAGAAGUGCGAGCGCUUCGUCUUCUCCUUCUACACUUCCAUCACAUUCGCUCCCUCCGCUCUUCAACUUGAACUACUCUUUAACCGAUGACCUCAACCCGGACAAGGACCAUAAACCGCCGGAUGAGCGGAUAAUUAAGCUGGGGAAAACUCUCCGCAUUCUCUCUCCGCUCCUCCCAACAAUACUCACAAACCCCCUCCCACCACAUAUCCUUUCACCAAGUGUAACAUUACACCUCUUCCCCUCGACACACCCGCAUCUCCCAACCGUCAAGGGCCGAACCUUAUACCGCGCAGCGCUAUGGGCUGUACCGGUGGCAUGGAGCAGCGUGCCCUUCGUCGGAAACGUGAAAUUACAGAUCCUAAGUGAGCGAAUCGUGCGCGCGGGAACAGUACUCGAUGGACACCUUCACGGAGCCGCGCAGGACGCGACUGCAAAUGGUGAUUGCGGCGGCGACGAGAGGCUCGUUGUCAGAUGGAGGACGGAACGGACGACGCAUUCUUCUACGUCAUCAUCAUCUUCGUCAACAGCGACUACGUCGACAUCACCCUCCGCAGCGUCAACGUCCGAAUCCACAUCCCCUCUCAAAGAUAGUAAACAUGGGACGAAUAAAGGGCUGAGCGUCUUACUCGGCGGCGACGCCCCCAUCUUCAAACUCUCCAGCGACGACCAGUUCACGGGCCUGUUCAUCUUCUCUUUCGACGAAGAGGGCCGCGUACUCACGCAGACGAUUGAGCAUGCUGAGGAUGCAAGCGGGUGGGAACGCACGGCGAAGUUCGUCACGCUGACUGAUUGGUUGAUCGGGAAGGCGAGGGGGUCACUGGAGCCGAGUCCGCCGCCGGGGCUUGUGGGAUGCUCCAGCUCCAGCGGUAAUGGUGACUCUGCCCGCUCCCAGGGACCAGGCUUAGGAUUAACCGGGGACUGCUGGCGCGGGGUUCCGAGUGAGAUGAGGGGUUGA